AGAUUUUGCUGCCACUGAGUGGAGGAGGUGCUGCUGCUGGAAGGACAGGUGUGGUGCUGCUUGAAGGACAGGUGGCCAACGCCUGCCACCUCUUCAGCAUGAGCCUGACACCAGCCCACAGGUCUGCUGAAAAUGACGGAAUACAAGCUUGUUGUUGUUGGAGCUGGUGGCGUUGGCAAGAGUGCCUUGACAAUACAGCUAAUUCAGAAUCAUUUUGUGGAUGAAUAUGAUCCUACAAUAGAGGAUUCUUACCGGAAACAAGUAGUAAUUGAUGGAGAAACCUGUCUCUUGGAUAUUCUUGAUACAGCAGGUCAAGAAGAGUACAGUGCAAUGAGGGACCAGUACAUGAGAACAGGGGAGGGCUUCCUGUGUGUAUUUGCUAUAAAUAAUACAAAAUCAUUUGAAGAUAUUCACCAUUAUAGGGAACAAAUAAAAAGAGUUAAAGAUUCUGAAGACGUCCCCAUGGUGCUAGUAGGAAACAAAUGUGAUUUACCUUCCCGAACAGUAGAUACAAAACAAGCUCAGGACUUAGCACGAAGUUAUGGAAUUCCUUUCAUUGAAACAUCAGCAAAAACAAGACAGGGUGUUGAUGAUGCCUUCUACACAUUAGUUCGAGAAAUCCGAAAACAUAAAGAGAAGAUGAGCAAAGACGGUAAAAAGAAGAAAAAGAAGACAAAGACAAAGUGUAUAAUUAUGCUCUCCACUCCUGGAAUUCAGUUGAAUUUACAUGAGAAUCUCAGCUUCUUUUUAACGUAUCUAGCCCUUAUAGUUGCCAGGAAGACCUUGAAAAAUGUGACUCAGCUGUAUGUCAAAUAAUUAAAGAACUGAAGGCUAAUAAUAUUCAACAUGUAUUAAAACCUUCUGAUUUGUCAGGGCCUGGUUCAUAAGCUUUUAGUGGUCAUGAUAGGCAAUACAGGAUAAUUUGGGAAUACCAGUAACUUUUAAACAGAGUUUUCAAAUUGAGUUUUUUACAGAGUAGGAUUUUCAUGUAGCAGUGUAACUUAAAACAUAUAUACAAUAUUAAAGGUACAACUACAUGUGCAAGAUGAUUUCUUGUUUCUACACAGGGAGCAGUAGUGGCCGUAUUUGAAGGAGAGCUGCAAUGGUGUUUAGUGAUAUAAUAAAUGUACUACCUGUAUUGAUGUAUGACUUAAAUUGUGUGGCUUGGAAAGCAUUACAAUUUUAAAAAAAUCAUUCCAAGCUGCAGGAUAGACUUCAUAUAUAUGACCAAACAAACACAAAUCUGAAAGAUGAUUGUGGGAGAAAGUAUAAUUACAUCCUAAUUUAGGACCAAUAGGAAGUGGGAACAAAUCCCUGUAGAUGUUGUAAACAUCAAGUGCUUUAUUUGCAAUUUUAAAGUUUAAAACAUCUUGAGGUUGAAAAUUUUGUUGGUUAAUUGAAUUUUUUUAGACACUACUAUCAAUGUAUUGGAAGAAUGUAGCAGAAGUGGAUAAUGUAACUUGAAAAAACAGAAAAUAAAAUCUUAAGACUUAAGACUUAAGACUUUUUUGUAACUGAAUCUGCAUGCAAAUUUAGGGCUCCUUUAGACAUAUUUUAUCGAUUUUUAACUAAAUUGGUAGAGAAACUAAUUUAGCUGAAAUGGGUGCAGCUUUCAAAUGUGAAUGCAAUUAUCAGUAUAAAAAUAUUUAUACCACGAUAGCUUAUUUUAAUAAGUUUUAUCUGUAAAACACCAAUUCACUGGAAUAAAUAUUAAAACUGUUUAGACCAGUUUUUUGAUCUUUCAUCAAAGUAUGCUCAUCCUUGCCACUGUUGUGCAGUUUUGUCUUAAUGUUUGUAGAGACUUGGUGAGGCAUGUUGAAUUGCAGCUUGCACAAGUUGAUCUAAUAAUUAUUCUAUCUUUCCUAAAUUGAAAUGCUUUCCAAGAACAUAUCCAGAUGCUACCUUUUUUCUGAUAGUAACUAUUAAAUGAACUUGUGAAGCCACUUACUACAUAAAUGCAUUAGAUUUCCAGUGCCUGAUAGUAGCUUUAUGUAACUUUUGGUAAACACCUUUUUUUGUUUAAAAAUAAAAAGAAAAAAAGUCAUCAGUUAACUUAAAGAUGAAAUAUUAUUGUUUUGAUUCUUUUAACCAAUACAGUUGUCCUAAAAUCUUGGUUGGCUGAGGUUAUGUAAAAAAUUCACAGUAUAAAAUGACUGUCGUCAUAUUUCUCUCAUAAGGAAAUUACUACAUAAAAACUUCCAUUCUUUUGUCUAUACGAUCAAGCAAUACAACUAUUUCUUUCUUAGCCCACCAUGCUGUAAUUCUUUUUUGUAAAAUAUACAUUAAGCUACACAGGCAGUAAUCUUUCCUAACAUUUCCUAAUAAUUCCACUGUCUUGUGUUUUCAUGUUGAAAAUACUUCUGCUUUUUCCUCUUGAGUGCCAACUUCUUACUAGAACGAUUUCUUAAUGUAAUAUGUUUACCUGGAAUGUAUUUUAACUAUUUUUGUAUAGUGUAAACUGAAACAUGCACAUUUUGUACAUUGUGCUUUUUGAUGUGGAACAUAUGCAGUGUGAUCCCAUUUUCCCAUCAUUUGGUUGCGUGACCUAAGAAUAUUGGUCAUACCUGACAUUAAAUUAAAAGAAUGACCACUGUUUAAAAUGUUAAUGUUUUAUAGGAGUAUGUGCUGUGAGGUGAUCUGAAAUUUGUCAUUUUUUUGUCAAAUUGUACUGCUCCUGUUUAUUGUAAUGUAAUAAAAAUAGUUAUUGUGA